AUGUUACAUCAAUUGCUGUUUAUUUGCUGGGGCAUAAUACCGAUUUUUUUCAAUUCUUGGUCAGCUUGCUCUGUUUUUUGAACCGGCAUCCAUUUAUUUUUUUAGAAUUGACGUCGUCAUCAGGGUCCUCUUCCUCAUCUGGUUGUCCAUAUACAUUUCUCUAUUAGCCGAGCUUGCCCCAAGCAUUAGCAAGCAUGAACACAUCAUACUUAAUAGAAAUGUUCUUCAGUGUUUUGGAAAUAUCGUCUUCCUCUAUAGAGAGAACGUGUUCUAAGAGACUUUUCCGAUAAUACACUUUGGUUAAACUAAUUACAUUUUGAUCCAUAGGUUGGAUAAGUGGAGUACAAUUGGGUGGCAGAAACAUUUUUAAGUUCGCCAUCAUUGCUUAUUAGUUCGGUUUUUUCUGCUACGUAGAGACCCAUGAAGAUUUUUAUGUAAUUUCGCCAUUAAAUUUGGUCACCAUUUACACAAAGCAUCUCUUUAUCUUUCACCAUAUAGAUUACCCAACAUAACUUCAUAAUAAUAAAACUCUCCAAUUCAAUUCUUGAUUUUCGGUUGCCCAAAAAAUGUUAAUACAUUACAAAUAAUUUUAAAUUAACCAAUUUUUUUUAAUUAGAUCAAGGAAAAAUUCCUCUCGCAAUGAUAACAACGAUGAAAAAAUUAAAAUCCGGUUACAUAAAUGGAACCAGAGUGACUUUGGGAUGCUUAAACGAAUUUCUAAGCACAAGUUGUAUCACAAAUUUGAGUUUUCUUGGUUGUCAAGAAGAUGGAUUACCAGAUAAGUUAAACCCCCAAGUUCAACACUAUUUAGAAGAUCAUCUUGUGAAAUCGUUAUCGUCAAAUCGAUCGAGUCUUUUAAUAACGCAUGGAACUAAUAGGAGGAGAUUCGUGAGAAGGAGGAUGUCGAUUAAAGGUGCUGUUAGAAAAACAAGAUCGAUUACUAUUGAUGCGGAUAUCUUAGGGAUGGAAGGUGAUAGAAAAAAUUCAGACCAAGUUGAUCAUUCAAUACACGCAGAAACGCGAUCACCCUCCCCGGAAAUUAACCGCAAACAAAUUAACUCCGAAGAUUGCAAACCAAGACAAAGAUUAAACACGGAAACUUCUUACGCGGAUACAGAAGAAGAUGAACUUUUCGCAAUGUUGCGAGAAUCGGAAUCUUUAGAAGAACAAGGCGAUAUUCUCCAAUAUUUAGUGGAUACGAAAGGAUUAGAUUUUAACACGGGAAUGUUAGAAUACGGAAAAGUUGUUACCGUUCGAGACUUAUUAAAAGGAUUAUAUGAAAAAGCGUGCCAACAAAAACUUUGGGGCCUCGUAAGACACGCUGCGGGAAUGUUGGGAAAACGCGUCGAAGAUUUAGCUAAAGCAAUCACCGAUUUAUUAGUACGACAAAAACAAAUCACCAUUGGGAUGCCACCUCAUAACGAGCAUACAAUAACCGCACCUCUACCUGAAAGCGAUUUAAGAAUGUUAAUUCACGAAGCUUAUGGAGGCGAUGACAGUUCAGCAAUGCUAACUCAAGAAUUAUUGGUUUAUUUGGCAAUGUUUAUUCGAACUGAACCUCAAUUAUUUUUAGAAAUGCUUCGAUUAAGAAUUGGAUUAAUCAUCCAAGUUAUGGCCACGGAAUUAUCAAGGACCCUAAUAUGUGAUUCUGAAGAUGCAUCAGAACAUUUAUUAAAUUUGAGUCCGUUUGAAAUGAAAAAUUUAUUACAUCAUAUUAUUAGUGGGAAAGAGUUUGCAAUUAGUAGUGUGGGAAGAGGAAAUUUUUCAAUUAUUAGUCAAAAAUCAAGUAAAAUAAGCAAAAAGAGUCAUAUUAGUUUAGAUUCAUCGUCCCUUGACGAACAAAUAGAACCAGAUAAACAAGGACAAUGGCUUAGAAGACGCCGAUUAGAUGGUGCUUUAAACAGAGUACCAAGGGAUUUUUAUACAAGGGUUUGGAGGGUUUUAGAAAAGUGUCAUGGAAUUGAUAUAGCUGGAAACGUCCUCCCACAAAGUUUAACCCAAGAAAUGACUUCUGGCGAACUUAAAUUUGCUUUAGCUGUGGAAACCGUUCUAAAUUCAAUCCCUCAACCAGAAUACAGACAAUUAGUAGUUGAAACUUUAAUGGUUUUAACCUUAGUGGCCGAAUAUAAUAUCGCCCCAUCUAUAGGAAAAAUAAUUCAAAUUGAACAUCUCGUUCAUUUUGCAAAUGAAUUAUUUUUAGAUGAUCAGAUGAAAUGUGAUGGAGAUGCAACUUUAUGUUGUGCAAAACCAAAGGAACAACGCGAACUCUCAAGAACAGGAAGUUUACUUUGUGGUGGUGCUGCUUAUAUUUGCCAACAUUUUUAUGAUAGUGCUCCAAGUGGUUGUUUUGGUACCAUGACUUAUAUAACAAAAGCUUUAAUAGCAAAUUUGGAUUCUGUACCAAAACACGGAGAAUUAGAUUGUUCUAUAAGCUAAAUUAAAUAAAAAUAAUUGUUCUAAAUA